UUGUGUACUAGUUCAUGAGGCUUGCAAUGCCUGUAUAAUCAUGAAUCACUGGCAUUCACUUCUAUUUCCUUUCUAUUUCAGGUGUCAUAAUGGCAGGCUUCGAAAAUAAAAUGAGUAAAACCGAUGCAUGAGUUUGUCAUUUUGUUUUACUCUGGAGCAUCCUACUAAUUCCUGGAGCCAAUUAAUAUUUUGUUGCUGUGCGGGCCUUUUUCAUCAUUUUGUUUAUGAACUUCUAUACCUGUGAAAACCUUUGAUGAGCAUUUAACUAUCACAUGAUUAACAAUGAAACCUAAAGAGAAAAGGCCUACUAGCCGAAGGAACAUUUUCAGAUCUAGUGCAAAAAGAUUCGCAUAUGAAACAACAGCAUAUUCAAGCAAAUAUUACAAUGGUGUGUGGUUUCAAGUUAGAGUUUCAAUUGUACAAAAAAAUUCCUUGCGGACAUUGCCAGGCCUGUGAAGGCAUAUCAAGCAAAUUCAAAACUAGGGUCAUGCCCAUGGCUCAGUGAAAGCAGGGCUUGAAUUCUAUUGAUGUGGCAGUUCUCUAAUUUUAUCCACUAUCGAGGCCCAUCCCGAUUCAUAUCAGCCUCUUCACACAAACCCUGGUAGACAUUGGCCCCUCCUUUACGAGCAGCGACAAGGUAAAGAAAUCUCGAAACCUUUCGCUCGCCUCCGCCUGAAACGAGGAUGGUCAAGUUCUUGAAACCCAUUUUGGCGGUUAUCCUCCUCCAGGGUCGCUCCGCCCGCCGGAAGGCGGUGAUUUUCCGAUUCUUCGAUGACGGGACCCGUGAUCGCCCAUACGGCCACUGCCUGGUCGCUGGAAUAUCGAAGUACCCAUCGAAGGUGAUCAAUAAAGACUCAGCGAAGAAGACAGCGAAGGAGUCGCGCGUGAAGGCGCUUAUCAAGGUGUUGAACUACAGCCAUGUGAUGCCUACGAGAUACACUCUGGAUGUGGAUUUGAAGGAUGUGGUGAGUCCUGAAGCGCUAGUGACCAAGGACAUGAAGGUUACGGCUGCCGAAGUAAUCAAGAAGAGGUUUGAGGAGCCAAGCUUAGGUUUUGAAAUGAUUUAAUUUACAGUGUGUCUUUGAAUUUAAAGAGAUUUUGUUAAUUGAAAAACUUGUUAAUUUAGAUUAAUUGCUGGAAAUUCAUAUAAUGUUUUGAAACUCAA